AUGGCCGUUGGAACUGUCUUGGUUACCGGUGGUACCGGCUACAUUGGCUCCUUCACCUCCCUCACCCUGCUCCAGAACGGCUACGAUGUGGUCAUUGUCGACAGCCUCUACAACUCGUCCAAGGUCGCCGUCGACCGCAUCGAGCUCCUGAGCGGCAAGCGCCCCCACUUCUACCAGGUCGACAUUACCGACAAGGCCGGCCUCGAUGCCAUCUUCAAGAAGCACCCCGAGAUCGACAGCGUCAUCCACUUCGCCGCCCUCAAGGUAGACUCCCUCCUCCGCUCUCCCGCCUUUGUCGAGCAGAUCAUCACCGACCACAUCCAGGCCGAGCGCAACAAGCUCAAGAAGGCCAGCAAGCCCUUUGAGCACUUCAACGGCGCUCUCCUGAGAUACUUCAACCCCUGCGGUGCUCACCCUUCCGGCCUCAUGGGCGAGGACCCCCAGGGUGUCCCUUACAACCUGCUGCCUCUGCUUGGCAAGGUCGCGACGGGCGAGCGCGAGAAGCUGCUCGUUUUCGGUGACGACUACGCCUCAAGAGACGGCACCGCCAUCCGCGACUACAUCCACGUCGUGGACCUGGCCAAGGGUCACUUGGCCGCGCUCAACUACCUCCGCGAGAACAAGCCCGGCGUCAAGGCCUGGAACCUGGGUUCCGGCCGCGGCAGCACCGUCUUCGAGAUAAUCAAGGCCUUCAGCCACGUCGUCGGCCGAGACCUCCCCUACGAGGUUGUUCCCAGACGCCAGGGUGACGUGCUGGAUCUCACGGCCAACCCCACCCUGGCCAACAAGGAGCUCAGCUGGAAGACGGAGAAGACGUUGGAGGAGGCCUGCGAGGACCUCUGGCGCUGGGUCAGCAACAACCCCAAGGGCUACCGUCAGGACCCUCCCCCCGAGCUCCUCGCCAACGCCAAGCCUACCAGCGGUUGA